AUGGAGCCAUCAAUUGGCGGCCGACCGCGGCCGCCCACCAACCUAGACCAUGUCCGCACAAGUCCGCCAACAUGGCUCUGGCAUCUCAAGUCCGAUACAAGUUACACCUCCGUCUCAAUCCACCGUCCAAUCCUAAACACAUACUUGCACAUCUCGUUCUGGCAGGCUCAUUCUCCGCGUUUUCAUGGUUCAACGUUGUUGAGUUCCCAUAGUUUUGCAGUUAUGAGUUUCGAUCUACCUUCUCCUGAAAGUGUUGAAGGACCCACACGGGAACGGGCAGACAACGUCUGUCUCUCUUGUCGCCGUAAGAAGAAGAAGUGUGACAAGGCGCUGCCCAAAUGCCUACAUUGCACGCGGUUGCAUAUACAAUGCGUAUACGAAGAUGCCGGCGAUAGCGUGCCGGUAAUAGAAGAGUUCCGCCAGCUGAGGAAGAGACUCAAGCUCUUCGAGGAGAUGCUCGUCCCUGGCGCUUCCAGAGUGUCCAGGUCAACCCACUCAGCCGCAGGCCCGGACCCUGCCGAGACAGCGAGUCAAUUGGGACCAAUCGAUUAUGAGGCCGAUUUCAUCUCACGCCUAGACGCGCUUGCCUCCAAAUUGAAUGUUGGUGAAGAGGUCUAUCAACUUCUCCAGUCGCAUCCAGGGGAGAUAUACAGAGCAUUAAGCCUUUACUUUGACAAUGUCCACAAAUGGAUACCCAUCAUGUCACAAAAGCUAUUCUAUAGCAGGAUGACAGACUUUAGCAAGACGAAACGUCCAGAUUUUGCCAUUCUCUUGCUCAGCAUCCUCUUGUCGAUCCACUGCCCCGCAACGGGCACGGCACCAGAACCAUUAUACGAGGCAACGCGUUCCAUAUUCUGGAGUGUAAACGCAACCGUAGAUGCAUCCUUGGAAAUGAUACAAGCAGGAGUGCUCUUGUCAUGCUACGAGUACGGGUUCGGCAUGUAUAAAGAAUGCUACAAAACCAUUGGCGUAUGCGCACGAAUGGGUCAUUGGAUGGACCUGCAAGAUGAAAAGCCGCCGUCCGACCAUCUUCGAUAUAGCGAUGAAUGGAUCAGAGUAGCCGAGCGAUGCAACGUCUGGUGGGCAUUGGUUAUACGCGACAGGUUCGAGCACCGGUUGAUUACCCAAAACUCCGAUCGAGCACCAACUGAUGCGCUUACAUGCAGGUCAACCAUGUUGCACGAUGCCACGUUCUCCAAGCCGUUUGCAAUCAACCUGGCCUCAAUGCCGCAGCACCUUCCCUUUGAAGCCUUUGAUCUUGAUCCUUCCUUUUCUCGCCUUGGCGACGCCGUUCUUACCCAGGAUCAAGAGCCCGGCGUGUUUGGCUAUCAGGCAAAGGCGUGGUGUUUGUUUGACAGGACAGUAUCUUUCCGCCAUAGUCUAGCGACCACCCAGGCAUCAGAUCAUGGUCAUCUGGAAGAUGAGAAAUAUCAAUUGGAUAUUGAACUUCAACAACUGAUGAGAAUACUCGUUGAGCUGUCUGGUGGCGCCGUGUGUGGAUAUUGUGAGCCAUCCGCCAUAACGCUCGUGUAA